AUGAAUGUUAGGCGAAUAUCUUUAAUAUUUAUGUCACAUUAUCAAUUCCAAUGGAAGUGUAUACUAUUAGCUUAUUAUAGCAUAUUAUAUAAAUGUCUUUUAUUCACUUUUACUUGUACAAAUCUAUUUCAUAUAACCAAUGCAUGUCAGAGUAUUACAACGAUUAAAAUUACAGAAUAUUCUACAGAACAAUUUUUACAUCCUGCUAACUUUAAUACACUUCAUCAUUCAGCAUGGCCAAUGAAUCCAACUAAUUCACAGUUAUCUGUAAAUUUAAGUGAAAUUCUUUUGCAAAAUCUACACUUAACUCUAGAUGAUAUAAAUUCUCCAUUGUAUUUCUCAGAUGUUGAACAAAGUGAACCUUUUGUUAUCCGUCGACGAACAAAUGAUGAUCAUCAUGCAAAAUCUUUCUGGUAUGAGCUAACAUCAAUAAUUCCAAUUAAUCGUGAGACAAUAUGUGAUGUGAAACGUUAUCCUGAACGUGUAUCAAUAUCACAGUUAUGCUGUUCAGCGACAACUACAACUCGACCGACAACAUUAUUACUAACAGAUAGUGUUAUUCGCAGUGGAAAUAUUCACAGUCUUAAUGGUCCAUGUUGUGUAUUUCUAGGUAUUACUGUUGCAUCAAGUAAUACCUAUUUUCUACGUGUUGAUAUUACAGAUGUAAAUGAUAAUUCACCGAAAUUUCAAGAUUUAAUAUUUGGUAAAUCUUUAAUUAGUAAACAGGAUAAUUAUGGAAGAUUUUUAAUAAGUAUCAUGGAGAAUACACCACCUGGUAGAUGGAUACCAUUACCUAAAGCGAUAGAUUUAGAUGAAGGCGUAAAUGCUUUCAUUCAAUACUCGAUAAGAUUACCAAAUAAUGAACAUUUAUGGAGUGAAUAUUUUAAACUCAUAGAUAAUGUACAAAAUAGUAAUAUUGAAGCAAAUGAAAUACCUACAAAGGUUUAUUUAAAUGGUGAUACAAAUGAAUUCAGUGCUAUGGCAACAGAUUAUAAUGGACCUGGAUUACUUAUCUUAAAGACGUUGGAUCGCGAGGUAGUAUCUAGUUUUACAUUUGUUUUAAUUGCAAAUGAUAUGGGACAACCGUAUUCACGAUCCAGUUCACUGAAUAUUUGGUUAAGGAUUUUAGAUGAAAACGAUAAUCCACCAGUAUUUCAAAAAUCUGAAUAUCACAUUGAAGUGAAUGAAAACAAGGCUGGUGUACCGUUACUCAACAUUCGUGUAAAUGAUUCUGAUAUUGACUCUAAUGCAAGACUAAGUUAUUUUCUACGUCCAGUAAGUGGGAUAAAUCAAGUUAAUCCAGAGUAUCUACGGAAUCAUAUACAACUAUUACCAUCUGUUGAAGGUGUCAGUUUAAGAAUAAGUCAACCAUUAGAUUAUGAAGUACAAUCACAGUUAACCUUCGAAGUUGUAUGCGUUGAUCAAGGUCAACCAGCGUUGUCUGCUUCAACUUUAAUUAAACUAACAGUGUUAAAUAUGAAUGAUAAUCCACCGAUAAUUAAAUUUUAUCACCAUGGACAACCGUUAGAUUCAAAUUAUGCUCAAAUUAGUGUUUAUGAAAAUGAAUUUAAUAAUCAAUCUACAGAAAGUCAAAUAUUAUGCCAUGUUCAUGUUACAGAUUUAGAUGAUGAUUUAAACAAUAUUCAAUGUUCACUAGAAGGAAAUAAAAAUAAACAAUUUGAGCUAAGAGAAGUGACAACAAACAGACUUGUACAAAAACGUAAAAUAUUUGAAUUAAUCACAAUAAUCUCUUUAGAUAGAGAAAGUAUACCUCAGCAUACACUGGUAAUUCGAUGUCAGGACGGUACAUCAGAAUCCAGUUUGGUUGGACGUAAUCAGUUACAAAUUAUUGUAAAAGAUCGUAAUGACAAUGCACCAAAAUUCACACAGGAACAUUAUAGAGGACACGUUAAAGAAAAUGCUGCAAACACGUACGUUAUGCUAAUGAAUUUAAACUCUGAGCCUAUGAUAAACACAGUUCGAAAUGCAAUACACGCUACAGAUUUAGACACUGGCUUAAAUGGACAAGUUACUUAUUCCUUAGAGCCAUUGUACAUUUCUAAUCAAGUUACAUCUGCUCAGAAUUAUACUGAUAAGCAUAAAGAAGACUCACUGUUAUUCGGGAAAAGCCAAGCUCAGCAGAACGUAAAAAUAGAUGCUGCGAAAUCGAUAGACAAUUCCACUGACGAUACAGAACAGUAUUUGAAAAACAGGGGGCCUGUACAUGAUACACGAAAAGAUGUCGAAAGCUUUUAUAUAGACCCGAUAAAUGGUCAGUUAAGAACACGUGUUGAAUUAGAUUGUGAACAACAAAAUGUUUAUUACUUUACUGUGGUGGCAACAGAUCAGGCUAUACCACCGGAUAAACGACACACAGCUACAGCACUUGUGACUAUCACAGUUGAUGACGAGAAUGACAAUCCACCAGUUCUGGAGCAACGUCACUAUAUUUUUGAUAUUUCUGAGGGCCUGCCUCGUCAUUCGUUAGUCGGUCAAAUCAAGUCAACAGACGCAGAUAGAACAAAGGAGAAUCGUUAUAUUACAUACGAAAUUCGUGAUGUAGUCAAUAUUAAUGCGUCAAAUUUAAUAUUCAUAGAACCAAACACCGGAAUACUUCGCACAAGAAAAAUUCUGGAUCGUGAAGAAAUUCAACAGAUCCCAUUUAUAGUUAUUGCUCGUAAUGAAAAGCCAAAGUCGAAAUUCCCGUCAUCAUCAUCAUCAUUGUCACCAAGUGAUGUGAACAGAACGCUAUUUUAUGAUGAAGCAAGUGUCACAAUCAAUAUUAUUGAUCAAAAUGACAACGCACCAAUUAUGCUGCAUCAUAGUCAAACAAUCCCUUACACUGGUGUGAAUGACGCCAGUGGCUUACAUCAUCGUCAGGCAAAGCAAUUCCAACAACCAUCAAUAAUUGAUUUAAAGUACAAUUUAAACACAAAAGAUCCAUUCAAUUCAUGCAUUGAAUUCCCGUAUUACUUUACAGAUGCUGAUGAGAAAGAAAAUGCACAAAUCGACGUGUCAUUAGAAACGAAUCCUUAUUUUGAAUUCAGACUGGAUAAUACUAUAAUAUGUAAAAUUGGUAAAGAAGAUCCACCAUUAGGUCAGUAUACUAUUCAUGUCAUAGCACAAGAUCGUCCAGUUGACUCGACAAAAUCGCUGAAACGGCGUUAUGCUAUUCGUAUGCAUAUUGUUAAUGAACAACCCCAAACAGUUGAAUCACAAAUGAAUAUACCUAAUAAUAUUGACUCAAACGCAUUACCGUUACCCAGUGGUAGUAGUAGCAGUAGUACACAUCCAGCAAAAUGGCUUCAGUCGCUUCGAACAAAUGCAAAAGACAAAAAAGAUUUACAUUUUGACAGUCAAUAUUCUAAAAAAAUCUCUGACAGUGUUAAUCAUUAUCAGCCACAUCAAUUAAAUGAUAUAGGCGAUGAAUCAUCACAUCGUUUCGGUUUGAGUACAAUGACUAUUGUAGCAGUUUUGAUUUCUGUUGCUGGCCUACUUUGUUUGUUGUUAAUUGGAGCAGUAAUUGCAAUGAAGAGGAUAACACCGCAUUCCAGUAAUGAAGUUCAAGUUUGUCUGCAAAAGAACAAUGAUAGAGAAAGAGAUCGUCCUGGAAUAUCUGUAUGGAAUAUGACAUCAUACCCAAGUCCUGACUUUAACUUAAAUAUGGAUUCAGGAAAAUUUGUCGAACAUCAUUUAGGUUGUCCAACUAAUAAAUAUUUAUGUCAAAAUCCUGCAAAUUCCUUUGGAACUGAUCUUGUGAACCAUUCACAUCAUCUAUCCUAUCCUUCAACAACAACAGCAACAACAUCAACAACACAUACAACAUUCGAUGGAACUAUUCAACGAUUUUCACCAGUCAGUGUUGGCUCUUUAUAUGGCUCAGUUAAGUAUUUUGCUCAGCCUAUAACUAUUCCAGCAACAUUCAAACCCAGUAAACAGUUAAAAUCGCCUAAUGAUAUUGCUCUGUGUGACAACUCACAAAGUGAUUUAGACAAUAAACGAAAUUCCACAUUAUCUAAAUCCUGUGAUGAAUUAAGAAUGUUGACAGGAUCUGUGAAUAAUAUGCGAUCACAGAAUGCCACUACACCAACGUAUAAUGAUCAUAUAACAUUGAAUUCAGAUCAGAUCUAUACAAUUAAAUGUCAGUCAGUUAAACCAAAAUAUCAUGAAAUGAACAAUAAUAAUAUUAAUAAUAAUAAUAAUAACAGGCAAAGUACGGUUAAAAUUUCAGAUGAACAUAUUACUCAUUCAAACGGUAAGCCUGAACAACGAAUUUGGCUAUUAUCUAAUAUUAAUAAUAACAUUAGUAAUAGUAACAAUAACAAUAAUCAUAAAUCUGGUUUCUUAGUACCUUCAAACGAUAUAUCAGAUUAUCAGCAAUUAGAACAAAUCAAACUUCCUUCUAUGCUACGUCGGCAAGGACCUGGUGAAGUAUCUUCAAAAUCUGGCAGUAAUAAUGAUGAGAAAAGUAAUACUGACACCAUAAAUAAUAACAUUAAUGAUAAUAAUAAUAAUAAUAGUAAUAAUUGCUCUAAUAAUUAUCAUGUCAUCAGACAAACUACACCAUACAAUCAAUUAACACAGAAAACUGUACCUGGAGCAUUGUUGCCUGCUCGUUCUGUGAAAUGCUUAAAUCUACAGAAAUCAUUUGUGUAGUUGUUCUCAUGUAUGGGAAGCAAUAUUUUUCAUUAGGUGAUGAUACUGCAUCAUUCAAUCAUCCCUAUCUACCUGAAAAUUAAAAAAACAAAUUUUUGCAUUUACUUGAGCACAGAAAUAUGUGCUCAUUGAAUUAUUUUAUCUUCAUACAAAAGAAACAAAAUAUUAUUUUGUGUGUUUGUGUGUUUCUGCGUGGUGAGAUUUGUAAAUUCUUGUCUACUGUAAAAAUAAACUAUUUGAG